AUGGCAACCGAACGCGACCUACAGCGAUGGCGGAGAGUAAUCGAGAAUCGACAGAAACAGCAGCUUGACUACCUAUUUUUAGAUGAAAUAUUCAAGAAUGUAGCGAACAAGAAUUACGAUGCGCGCUCGCGCGGGUUUCGCUCGUCUUCUCCCUGCUCCACGUCGAUCACACUAAAAAAGGAAGUGCUAAAAAAGGAAGUGCUGCUGGUAGACGAGGUAGAUGAGAUGGCCCAGUUGCGACAGAAAUUCUUACGAUUUGAUCUGGAACAAGUAGGCUGCUACAGCGACCGCGAAGAUUUGGCACCACAAGAAGAGGACUCCGAAGAAGAUAGCGACGAGGACGAUGAGGAUUCUGCUUCGUCCGACGGUCAGAGGGAAGUUAAGAGUAGGUUAAAGGUGCUUUUCUUGCCGCUUUUUAUGCCUCUCCUAAGGGAGAACAAAGGCAUAAAAAGCGGGGUAAGCGAGCACCAGAAACCUACCUCUAAGGAAGAUGACGAUGACGGAGAUGUUGAGCUACCGUGUCCGAGUGUCCUGGACAAUAGGGACGACCAUCCGGCUGUCAGUAAUAUCUACCAUAGAUUAAAAAGGUCAGCUUUUAUCCAUCUUUCUCGGCAUCUCGGUACUACCCUUUUCCCUUGUAUUCUCAUGAAAUACAAGGUAAAAGGGGUCAAGAUGAGGGGGCCGAGAUGCAAUCUAGCAGGCUCUAAAUAGAUCCGCUAUCAGCGACGAAGAUGAUACAGAUAUCGACCACGAAGAUGAGGAAGAGAAUCAUGAAGGUCUCCUCGGAGGCAAGGUGCUGGAAGAUGACUGUGGUGGUGCGGCAGAAGGAAGUCAAGGGCCCUUUUCCACAGUAGACAGGAGACGGAAGAACGCUGCCGAACACCAAAUGGGAUCAAGAGUUCUAGCGGAGCGAAAAACGUUAUGGUUGUAGCUAGUAGAUUUCUGCAGAACUUGUGGAAAAUCUAGAUCAAGAAGGAGCUCAUCUUUGCAUGCUUAUACUGCAGCAUCUAGCGAAAUAUUCCGGGACCACCCCGGCGCGAUAUGCCUACCCUAGAACAAGGAACUAGAUGUCAUGACCCAUGAUCGAUGUUCUUUAACUCUAAAAAGUACUGGACUACUUUCGGCGAACCCCCUCGCUCCUGAACAGGAGCAAGACAACAUUUUGAAAAUGCAAAGAAAACUACCUCCUGAAGCAUUUCUAGGGCAGCGACAGACUUCGGACCGAGACGAG